UUACAUGGUCUUCAUUCGUCUGACCAUCGUCGCCGCCAUGGCCGCCGUCACAACGGGCCAGUGCAAAGCUGUUGUCGGAGGCACCGUCACAAUCAACAAGAUGGGCGAUGCCUUCUACCAAAUGCCAGGCACCGUCGUGUCCAUCAACAACGCCCUGUCCGCCCCAUUUCUCAUCACGGUGGCGGGGAAGCUCGGGGGCAAAGGGUACUACAAAGGGUCGGACCUCAAGUGCUAAGUCGGUACAUCGAAUAAACCAUCAAUAAUACGACACAUGAUUGCCUUUGGAAGUCCCGC